GUCCAACAACUCAGAGUCGGUUCAUAUUUUCUCAUCACUUUCUUUUUGUUUAAAUCCUUUGCUCACCUCCAUGGCUCCUAUUGCUGUCGGCGAUGUUGUACCAGAAGGAACUAUCUCCUUCUUUGACGAGAAUGAUCAGCUUCAGAGCGCCUCCGUUCACACUCUCGCCGCUGGUAAGAAGGUCAUUCUCUUCGGUGUCCCUGGUGCUUUCACUCCCACAUGCAGCAUGCAGCAUGUGCCUGGAUUCAUUGAGAAAGCCGAGGAGCUGAAAUCAAAGGGUGUUGAUGAGAUCAUUUGCUUCAGCGUGAACGAUCCAUUUGUGAUGAAGGCGUGGGGAAAGACAUACCCUGAGAACAAGCACGUGAAGUUUGUGGCAGAUGGUUCAGGAGAAUACACACAGCUUCUUGGACUCGAGCUUGACCUCAAGGACAAGGGUCUUGGUGUUAGGUCAAGGAGAUUCGCUCUGCUGCUCGAUAACCUCAAGGUGACUGUGGCCAAUGUUGAAUCCGGUGGCGAGUUCACGGUUUCCAGCGCUGAUGAUAUCCUCAAGGCUCUCUAAGAAUCUUUUAUCAUUUUGCUUGUUCUAUUUCUACAUUUCUGUACGUGAAUCCGCUAGAUCUCUAGCCUGUUUUCAUACAAGAAACAUGCAUAAUAAAGCGGUCUGAGUUGAUUAUCUCCCUUUAUGGAUUUUAUAAUAAAACGUUGGUUUUCAUUG